AGAAAAGGUUCCAACACCAAAGCAACCAUCUCAGAUCGCAUCGUUCAACUUUCCUAUCAGAGCUGGCACAAGCGAGCUCCAGUAGCUCCCUUCCCUAGUCGUCGCUUCGUUUCUUCGCCAUGGAGAUCGAGUUCGACAUGCCCAAAUUCCUGCGCGUGCACAAGAGCGGCCGCGUCGACCGGUUGGGCGGCACAGAGACCGUCCCACCCUCCCCCUCUGGGGAUCCUGCCAACGGCGUUGCCUCCAAGGACAUCGUCCUAGACCCUGCGGCCAACAUCACCGCCCGCCUCUACCUCCCCGACGCGGCGGCGGAGCCCGGGCCCGGCAAGAAGUUCCCCGUCGUUGUCUUCUUCCACGGCGGCGCUUUCUUUAUCGAAAGCACAGCCUCCCCCAUCUACCACAGGUACGCCGCCUCCCUCGCCGCCGCGGUCCCCGCCGUCGUCGUAUCAGUUGAGUACCGCCUCGCCCCGGAGCACCCUCUCCCCGCUGCCUACGACGACGCCUUUGCUGCCCUCAAGGCGGUCGUCGCCGCGUGCCGCCCGGACGGCGCCGAGCCCUGGCUCGCCGCGAACGGCGACGCGUCUCGGCUGUGCCUCGUCGGCGACAGCGCUGGCGCCAACAUGGCGCACAACACGGCGAUAAGGCUGCGGAAGGAACCCGUCGACGGCUACGGCGGCAGGGUCAGCGGGGUGGCGCUGCUGCACUCCUACUUCUGGGGGACACAACGGAUGGGCUGCGAGCCCUUGUACUUCCCCUUCGACAUGGAUCGCGUGUGGGAUGUGGCCUGCGGUGGCAGAUUCGGCCGCGACCACCCGUACAUCAACCCGGCGGCGUCGCCGGAGGAGUGGAGGCAGCUCGGGACCGGCCGCGUGCUGGUCACCACGGCGGAGCUGUGCUGGUUCGUGGAGAGGGCGCGCGCGUACCCGGAGGGGAUCAAGGCGUGCGGGUGGGAGGGCGAGAUCGAGUUGUACGAGACCAAGGGCGAGGAGCAUACCUACUUCCUGUUCAAACCCGACGGCGAGAAUGCCGCCAAGGAGCUCGCCGUCGUCGCCGAUUUCGUCAGCCGCUCCUGAGCUGAGCUUAGGUGAGUAACUCUGUAAUAAACAAGUCGCAAGUUGCCAGGCCGUCGCGAUAUUUAUUCAGAGUUUCUGAUGUGCAUCAUACUAGUACUAAGCAAGUAAUACUGUAGUACUUUUUUUUUUAAUUGAGAGAGAGAAAAGUAAUACUCGUAUUACUUCAUUUUGUUUGCAAGUUGUAGAUAGAAAAGAGCAAUACUCAUCAGGCGCAGUUGAGUUUGCGUCGGUUGUAUGAUUCUCUAAUAAAGGAACGAACACGCAUUAUUCGGUUGUGGAGCAGGAAUUAACAUGGCUG